ACGUACUCACUUUAUUUGCCAAUUAAUCCGAACUAGGGAGAGAGAGAGAGAGAGAGAUGGGGCUGAGUGGAGGAGAAGACGAAGAAGAAGAGAGGCUUUCCAGAAUGGUCCAUGACUUCAUCGAAUCAGAAACAGCUCCCUCCUCUUCCUCCUCUCUAGCUUCCCUAUCCCGCCACCAUCAAGAUGACACCAUCCUUUCUUUAGAGAGGAUCGUCGGUUGUAGCACGAAGGCGGAGAAAGAGGCCUGUGAGAGUGUGAUGAGGUAUUUGAGGCAGAGUGGCAAUGAAGGAAGGAAUGGUUUGAAGAGAGGAUUGAUGCUAUGGUUGAGGAUGGAGGGCCAUGAUGCUUCCCUGUGCAGAUCAGCGUGGGUGUCUUCAUUAGAUUGUCCAGGAGGCUUUUAUGAAUACAUAGAUAUCAUGGUUUCAUCAGAUGCUGCUGCUGGGGAGUCGAGCUCAGAGAGGCUGAUAAUUGACACAGAUUUUAGGUCCCAAUUUGAGAUUGCCAGGCCAACAGCGGCCUACACCCGACUAACCAACAGUCUUCCUCCUGUCUUUGUUGGGGCUGAGAAGAAACUCAGCAAGGUCAUCUCUCUAACCUGCUCUGCUGCAAAGGAGUCUCUAACAGAGAGCGGUCUCCACAUACCGCCAUGGAGGAAGGCCAGCUACAUGAAGUCCAAGUGGUUGUCCCCAUGCCAGAGAGUCACCACAAUGACCUUCCCUGUCUUCAGCAGAGACAUUGAGAGGCCUCCUCCCAAAACCAGCGUCUGUGCAGCGCCUCCAAAUUUGAUGCCCAAAAAAAGGCAGUUGGGCUUCUUCAAAGUGGCUGGUUUGCCUAAGCAAUUUUCAACUUUGAGAUGCCCACAAGUUGCUUGAUCCAUGUACUGGGUAGCUGACGUUUUUGUGAUUUUGCAGGCUAAGAAUCUAGCUAAUGGUUGUUCAUCACAAGUUUUGGCCUACUGUUUAUGACUACUGGCUUUUUUGUAGUGAUCAUGAUAUAGUUUUUGUGGGUGAAGAUCGUAUGUGGGGGGAAACUUGUAAAGUAUGAUCAGAGCAACUUGAUCUUAUGUGUUUCUUUUCUGGAUUUUGAAAUACUAAUGGAAUACUAAGCGAGCCAGCGGUUUCGAUGCUA